UUUCUAUGUGCCACGUCUAAUGAAAGUCUAAAACGACAGGAACGGACUUGUUUUGGAAUUUUUUCGUCUAUUUAAACGUAUUUAUUUAUUUAACAUGUGCGACUAAUAACACAAAUUUUCUACAAUUCUACAAUUUUGUAAAAUAAAAUUGUAGAAGACUGUAGAAAACCAUCGUACCAAGACAUUUUGUUCUGCGAUUAUGAGUGCGAGAUUGAACUUAUAAAAUACUGCAACGUUUCAGCAAAAAGAAAAAGAGGAAUAAAUAUGUAUUCGGGUAUCUGAAUUUGUAUUUUGUGUCGUUUAUGGUAAAUUAGUAAUUCACAUGAUGCAGCGGGCUGCCAACAAGAAAGUUACCAACAAUAAUAAAUAAACAUACGGUAAUGUACGUGUUUGACAGGACAGAUACUCGCUUAUAAUUAAAUGAGUAAAAAUACUAAUGAUAAUUAUAGAAAGGGCAGCACAGGGAUAGACUAAUAAUAUUUUUUUUGCUCCAAAGAUUUUACGCGUGUGUAGAAAUAAAGAUGGACCUCCCCCAGACCUCUAACAGGAAUAGUGCAUUCAGAGUAUUUGGUUUCCGAGAUUCCUGAGAUUUAUCUGAUGUUCUUUGUAAGUCCCCUCAUGUAUUUUUCAGUAUACACAUACGCCACUGUAAUACUUUGACUCACUGAAAUAAAUACAAAAUUUACAGGAAGAGAUUUACUGCCAGUCAACGUACCACUAUCAAUGUUUGGUGUAUAAACGAAAGAGCAAGGUAUUGGAGGGGAACUAUCUUGCAACAUUACAGACGCGCGCCCCAGCUGUUUCACGUUGCUAAAAUUCUGCGCAGGCUGCUCUCCAAUGAUUUCCACACAGGACAGUGAUGCAAACAAGCUCGCUGGAUAAUAAGGGGAUCCUCAUGCGGUUGUUUUGGUUAUAAAAUACCCCUGACCUUCUGCGUCCACGAUGCGGCUACCGUAGCCUGCAUGGGCUGUGUGUAGCGGAUAUUUAACGGAUGGUGGUCCCAGGGAAAGGCUGUGAGGCUGGGAAGUCCGGGCAUCAGCUGAGCCGAUAGAGGAGUGUUAGCAAGCUAGCCUUUGUGAUCAGCUCAGUGACAUUUUCGUGAAAACACUACCUGGUUCGGCUCAGUCACCAUGGCCACGAACGGUAACAGUUCGACGCCUGGGAUGGGAGAGAUCAUCCAGCUAAAUGUCGGGGGGACAAGGUUCAGCACAUCCAGGCAGACUCUGACGUGGAUCCCAGACUCUUUCUUCUCAAGUUUACUGAGUGGGAGGAUUUCCACUCUGCGGGAUGAAACUGGAGCUAUAUUUAUUGACAGAGACCCUACAGCCUUUGCACCAAUUCUCAACUUUCUCCGAACCAAAGAACUGGACUUGCGAGGCGUCAACAUCAGCGUCCUGCGCCACGAAGCAGAGUUUUAUGGAAUCACUCCUUUAGUGCGACGCCUGCUGUUGUGUGAGGAACUGGACCGCUCAUCAUGUGGCAGCGUUCUGUUCCAUGGUUACCUUCCUCCCCCAGUUGUCCCGGCUCGUAAGUCGGCGCCCGCAGCGUCUGAUGAGCGACCGGGCCCGAGCGGAGCGGAGGGCUUCACCCGUGGGGUUCCCCUUCCUCAUCCUUCUUUGUCUGAAACAGAUGACCCAGAGAAACUGGAUUCAAUGGUUGACCCCAGGAAAGUGCUGAUUAUAGCAGGACACCAUAACUGGAUCGUUGCAGCUUAUGCACACUUUGUCAUCUGCUACAGGAUAAAGGAAUCGACUGGAUGGCAGCAGGUGUUUUCCUCUCCCUACCUUGACUGGACCAUUGAACGUAUAGCACUUAACGCUAAAGUGGUGGGUGGUCCACAUGGAGACAAGGACAAGAUGGUGGCCGCCGCCUCAGAAAGCAAGAUUAUCCUCUGGAGUAUCCAAGAUGGAGGCAGCGGAAAUGAAAUUGGUAUAUUCAGCCUCGGCGUUCCUGUUGAUGACCUCUUCUUCAUUGGCAACCAGCUGGUGGCGACAAGCCACACAGGAAAGGUUGGAGUGUGGAAUGCCGUCACUCAACACUGGCAGGUUCAGGAUGUAGUUCCCAUCACCAGCUGUGACACGGCCGGGUCCUUCCUGCUGCUGGGCUGCACCAACGGCUCCAUCUACUAUAUAGACAUGCAGAAGUUUCCUCUGAGGAUGAAGGACAACGAUCUCUUAGUAACUGAGCUUUAUCACGACCCUUCAAACGAUGCCAUUACUGCACUGUCUGUGUACCUCACCCCUAAAACCAGUGUGAGUGGGAACUGGAUAGAGAUCGCCUACGGGACGAGCAGCGGAGCAGUGAGGGUGAUCGUGCAGCACCCAGAGACAGUAGGAUCGGGUCCUCAGCUGUUUCAGACGUUCACUGUGCACAGAAGCCCAGUGACGAAGAUUAUGUUAUCUGAGAAACAUCUGGUGUCAGUGUGUGCGGAUAACAACCACGUUCGGACGUGGACGGUGACGCGGUUCAGAGGGAUGAUCUCCACUCAGCCAGGCUCCACACCUCUGGCUUCCUUUAAGAUCCUGUCCCUGGAAGAGACGGAGAGUCAUGGAAGCUACUGCUCUGGAAAUGAUAUAGGCCCAUUUGGAGAGAGAGAUGAUCAACAAGUUUUCAUCCAGAAAGUCAUCCCCAUCACCAACAAACUGUUUGUUAGGCUCUCCUCAACUGGAAAAAGGAUCUGUGAGGUGCAGUCGGUGGAUGGAACCACUAUCACUUCCUUCAUGGUUCGGGAGUGCGAGGGUUCCAGCCGGAUGGGGUCCCGACCGCGCCGCUAUUUGUUCACCGGUCACGGAAACGGCAGUAUUCAAAUGUGGGACCUCACCACUGCGAUGGACACAGCCAACAAAGGAGAAGAGAAGAAGAAAGACGAUGUGGGUGGGCCAACAGAGGAGGAGCUGCUUCAGCUGCUGGACCAGUGUGACCUGAGUACCUCCCGCUGUGCCACCCCAAGCAUAAGCCCCGCCCCCUCCGUGUUGCACCACACACGCCUCAGAGAGUCUAUUUCAAGUUUGCAGCUGCAGGCCCAGGAAUCUAUUCCUGAGAGCCAGGUCACCUACGGAGCCGUGCGGCCCUACAGAGAGAGCCCCCUGCUGGCCCGUGCACGGCGAACCGAAUCCUUCAACAGCUACAGAGACUUCCAGAACUUUAGCCUGAGUCAGACGUCCAACCCUGGACCCAGUCAGAUCCCAGACGCCCGGCGCUCGCUUUGUAACUUUGGGCCUGAGGACAGUGAGAGGAGCGCCUCCGUCAUGGAGCUCUGGGCUUCCCGCAACGCCGGAAACAUCUCAGCGAGUAAACCAGAAGUCAGUCAAGAAUCAACACAGCAACCUCCAGACAGCCCAGUUCCAGGGGCGGACGUGAGGCGAAAGGUGUACACUCAGCCAGAAGAAGGGGAUGCUGUUGUGUCUGGAGGAGAAGGGGCGAAGGGUGACGGCGCUGUAAGGAAGAGGGGCGUACUGGAGGGGGGCUUUCUGGGGCGGAAGAGGGCUCCUCCAAUUCCACAUCUCUCCUCUGGAUCUGAAGGUGGGGGCAGUGACUCAUCUGCAAACGCCUCGCCCUCGCCAACCAAACUGUCGUCCUCCACUUCGCCGCGACACAGGAAGCCGCCAGCUGAGCCGUCCGGUCAUGACAGCAGCCUGUGACAUGAGUAAGGCUAGCCUGUCAGCGCUAAAUAUGAAGGCAAAGGAAGAACAUACAAUCAGCUGCAGCAAAAGUCACUUUUUUCUUACCUACAGGUGUGGCUCAUGAAGAAGCUGUAAGUCUCCAACACUAUCAGUGUAUCAUCUGUGAGAUGUAGUUGAACUUUCUUCUGUCUCGGUACGUUUUCAGUCUGUUUUAAGAAGAUUUCAGGAUUCUGUUUUCUCUUCCUGUGAGGUUGCUGCACUAAAAUCAACUUCAGGAGCAAAACUAAAGCACAAGGUCUCAGAUUAGGUCAAUCACCGGACGAGUAAAGCUAGUAAAACAGAAAUAAGCCAAAUAUUAGUAAGCAUGUGUUGGAAUGACACGGAUGGUUACAAAAUCAAAUUGCCUAAAAUUUACAAAUUUGCCUUUAAAAUAUUGAUGUACAUUCGCAAAAUAAAAGUAAAAAAAUA